UCGAUGUUCCUGCGUCGUAGUGGCAACGCCAGGAGAAAGUGGCAAUUAAUAACAAAUAAAUAACAAGUGAAAGUGCAUGCAAUUUUAACUAAUAGCAGCAAAAUAUUUAAGGCCAGCGUUCAACUGUUAUCAUUCUGUGAUAAUGAAGAUGAUGGGUUAAGCGAACCUAUUCAGUUCGUUCACUGCAGUUCUUUUUUGCUCGUUCGUUCAUGAACGAGCCAACAACAAUUGCCAACAAAAUAAUGGACGUUAAUGCCAGGCCGAAAGAGAAGCCACAGUCUGGUGGCGCUGCUCCAGCCCCACUGUCAGCCAGGGCGGCUGCAAUUCCACCAAGAAAACUGAACGAGACGCUGGCCGAUGCGGAGGCGGAUGCGGAGACCUCCAAUGCCAAUGCCAAUGCUAAUAUCGACGACUGGAUACACUUCUCGCAGUGGAUGCACUGCUUCUGUGUGGUCACCUUCGACCUCAACCUGGGCCAGGCCCUGGAGUAUGUCUAUCCACCAGAGUUCAUGCCCAGCGACCAGGAGGUGAGCAACAUUUGCUACAUGGCUUUCCCCGACUCCAACUCGGGCUGCAUGGGCGACACCAAGUUCCACAUGCGUCUGCGCGCCAUCUCCAAGCAGCAGCAACAGCACCAGCAGAAGCCCCUGCCCACCUACAAUGGAGACUGUGCCCCGGCCCUGCGCCAGGAUAGCUCCCACUACUGGGGCUUUGUCUACUUCCGCCAAAAGCGUGAUGCGAACCUGCCGCGCGGCUACUUCCAGAAGAGCUUCAUCAUUAUCACACGCCUGCCCUUCUUCAAUCUAUACUACGAUAUACUGGCGCAGCUGGCGCCCAAAUACUUUGACGAGGGCACCGACGUCCUACGGCAGGCCUGCGAGCAGAUCAACAGCCACUGGCCCGGACUGCGCGUGGGCCAGACCCUCCACCUGCCACUGCUCGGGUGCAACUAUCAGAUCUGCAUUCCGCGUGCGACCAGCAGUCGCAAGUCACCCACCGAAUCCUCCUCAUCCUCAUCCAACGAGCUGUCUGACCCGCAGACACUGGCCAGCAGCAAGGUGCUGGCGUCGGUCAACGAAAUCGAGCUCUUCCGCUCCCUCAGCUUUGUGAUGGAACAGCUGUACACGCUCUGGGAACUAGUCAUCACCGCCGAGCCCAUUGUGGUGGUGGCCACCUCUCCAGCCGACUGCUCGCACAUGGUCCAAGCGCUGGUGGCGCUCAUCGCACCGCUGGAAUACUGCGCCGAGGCGCGGCCCUACUUCACAAUUCACGACAGCGAAUUCCGGGAGUUCACCCAGGAGUGUUCCAGCAAAGCGGGAUUGCCCGCCUGCAUUCUGGGCGUCACGAAUCCGUUCUUUAUCAAGCUGCUCAAGGAUUGGCCGCACAUGCUCAGACUGGUGGACAACCAGAAGAACAUGCAGCAGCAGCAGCAACUGCUGAUGGGCCAGAAGAUGGGCUCACACCGCAAUGUCACCUCCUUCUCCAGUGGCUCCUCUGCCGACCACCUGGCCAGCAGAUCAUCAAUGAAGACCACUCCGGCUCUGAAUGGCGGUGGCAGCUCCAAUGGAACGGAUGGGAGCUCGGCGUCGGGCCUGCACACCAAGUACAAGCCGUAUCUGAAAAAGGACAAGGCGCUGAUCAAGAAGGUGCUUCUGGGGCUAAAGACCAAGCGGCCAGAGCAUGUGCAGACGGCGCUGAUUCGGCGACAUUUGCUGGAGCUGACGCAGAGCUUCAUGAUACCGCUGGAGCGAUACAUGGCCUCGCUGAUGCCGCUGCAGAAGGACAUCAGUCCGUUUAAGUCGGCGCCCAAUGCGAGCAGCUUCAAGCUGGACGACUUCCUGGCCACUCUGGAGACGGCCGGGCCGCAGCUAACGUCGCCCCUCAAGGGCGAUUGGAAGGGCCUGUACAGGCGCUUCUUUCGCUCGCCCAACUUCCGCGGAUGGUACGAGUCGCGGCAUCGCGAGCUUCAGCUUACCCUCCAGGAUCUACAGCUGCAGGCCCUCUCCGAGGCGAAUCUGGAGCACUGGGCCCACGACAAGCAGGAGGUGGAGAUCAUCGAUAUGAUACUCAAGCUCAAGCAGAAACUGAAUCUCUACAGCGACAAGUCGCAGGGCCUGGAGGGUCUCGCCUGGCUCAGCGCCCACAACAGCAGCAAUGCCAGCCAUCGGCUGAGCACACAGCAGCAGAUCCAGGCGCAGAUCGAGUGCAUGAAGGGUCUGCUGCCGCCCGAUCUCAAGAAUGUGGUGAAUCUUUGAUCGUUCCUGCAGAUUCUUAGCUAAAUCAAUGGCGCUUCCUACUUUACACUACCCCUCAAUCCCUCUUCUUUAAUUGUAUGCGAGUGAGUGCCUGCCUGCCUGCCUGCGUGUGUGUGUGUGGCGCGUGUGAUGUUGUGUGUUAUAAUCCAUUAGAUGGAGUCCAUCAGUGGGGUCUCCGUUCGGCAGGGGCUUGGGGUAGGUACAGAGCGACGCCUCUUCAUAGUUGUAUAUACGUUUUAACUGUCUAAAAUCGGAUUUGAUCUAUUAUUGCUAUAUCCGUGUCUGUUUUAAGUGUAAAAUAAACCUCAAACUGAAUUCACAAAUCGCUUAUAA